CUACCAUUCCACCAAGACAACCUCACACAUUUAAGACGGUCAAGAUGCCUCGAGAAGCUGAGAUAUCGCUCAAUGAGCGCGAGUUUAUCAAGCAAGCGCUGCAGGAACAGAUACGGAUCGACCGACGCGCAUUCGACGCCUUCCGCCCACUCGAGCUCACCUUUGGAGAAGAGUAUGGCGUCGCAGACGUCCAAUUAGGCAAGACAAGAGUCAUUGCGCGCAUAUCAGUAGACGUGACGACACCAUUACCCGAGCGCAAGUUCGACGGUAUUUUCCAAAUAGUCACGGAAUUCUCUCCAAUGGCUUCUCCAGCCUUUGAAGUUGGUCGUCCCACGGACGCUGAAGUCAUUCUCUCGCGCAUCCUCGAGAAAGCCAUCCGUCGCUCCAACGCUCUCGACACUGAAUCGCUUUGCAUCAUCGCUGGCUUGAAGUGCUUCGCUCUCCGCGCCGACGUACACAUCAUCGACCAUGACGGCGGACUGAUCGAUGCAUCAUGCAUAGCCGUUAUGGCUGCGCUACAACACUUCCGAAGACCAGACGUACAGGUAGAAGGCGAGAAGGCGACCAUCCUCAGCGUACGCGAGCGCGAACCAAUACCGUUGUCGAUCCUACACCAGCCGCUCUGUGUUACCUUCUCAUACUUUGAGGGAGAGAUAUUUUUGGUGGACGCAAACUUGGCUGAAGAGCAAGUGAGGCAGGGAGAAGUGAUUCUCACAAUGAACAAACACGGCGAGUUAUGUCAGAUUGCCAAGUACGGAGGAGCAACAAUAAACCCGCUGGCUCUGCUGAAUUGCACGAACGUUGCUUUGCAGAAGGUCAAGGAGAUGAACGCAUUCAUCCAGAAGAGGCUUGACGAAGACGCCAAAGAGAGGGAUGCUGGGGGGCUGAUGGCAGAGCUGAGCGCUGAGAAUGCCAGGUGAGACCUCGCACGAAGCAAAAUUACCUUAUGAAAGACUACAAGUCUGGCCGACCAGUCUGCGAUGCUUCCAAAUACUCGCAUAUCGGGCGCCGCUCAAGUUCGUCCGAGCAUUCCAUCCAUUAGGAAAGUUUCUAGAACAGGACGCACCGUGAGCCCACAGAUGUGGGUCGGUGGCCGGCGGCCCCUGGGAACACUACCGGGAACACCGAAGACCAAAUCGCAAGAUGCGAAUUUACAAGUAGCAUGCAAAUGUUGCUACGGAUAGAGAGUUCAUGUUAGAACAAUGACAUAUGUACAGCCAUGGAAACCAGGUCGUCCUUAACUAUAGAUAUUUCAUUCUAUCUCGACCUGCAAUCGCGAAAUAUGCUCCCAU